AUGUCGUGGCUUUCGUCCCUCAAUCCAACCCCGGCUUUCCCAGCCUACACCGGGCCAUACGCAGUUGGUUCGGUAGAUGUCGAAUUACCUGCUGAUCAGCUUGAUACACCCAGCCCGGCUCCUGUCGGUGACGAUAUUGGCACUGUAGCCUUUCGAAUCUUCUAUCCAUGCGAGAAAUCUACGACUUACCGGCCUGUGCGAUGGUUACCUAACCCGCAAAAGCGCUACGUAGCCGCAUACUCUCAAUUCCUCGGAGCAAGCUCAGCAAUUGCGGAAGCCAUCUCAUUACUGCCUCAGCUCCUCUCCUAUGUAACAAUACCCGUCCACCGUAACGCACCGCUCCUCCACAACACAAGUAACACUCGAUGGCCUGUCAUGAUCUUCUCCCACGGCCUCGGUGGCUCGCGCAACGCAUAUUCACACCUGUGCGGCUCACUUGCCUCUCACGGCAUGGUCGUCAUAGCCACCGAUCAUCGCGACGGUAGUGCUCCAACUGCGCACAUUCGAGCGACUGAAAAGACAAAAGCCCGGACCAUUCCUUACAUCCGCAUGUCUCACAACCCAUCCCCGGAACUCUGGCGUGCGCGAGAUGAACAGCUACGAACGCGACUUUGGGAAAUGGGUCUCGUUCAUGACGCCAUCGUGAAGAUCGACACCGGCAGCGCGCCGAAGAACAUGGACCCGAACAGCGUCUCGUGGCGCCGGAACGACGUGAACGAAGUGCUGUCCAUGUUUAAAGACACACUCGCCGUGCACAACCCUGGCUCCAUCGCGUUCGCGGGUCACUCUUUCGGCGGCGCCACUGUCUAUCAAUUCCUCAAAUCCGUCUUCUAUCGCCCAGAUCCUGAGAAAGAGGGAUUCUCUCCGCUCUACACACCCCUUGAGUCGUCUUCGCUGGUGCGGCAGAUCACACCACAUACGCCAGCCACUCUCCUUGACCCCUGGUGUCUACCCAUGCAAUCUCCCAGUACAGCCUGGCUAUGGUCAAAACCGCUGCCGUGCUUCACGCCUGGCGGGCCGGGCGGCGCAAACCUGCUCGCCAUCCUCUCCGAAGGCUUCUUCAAGUGGAGCGAGCACCUCGCCGUGACAAUGCAAGCCGUAUCCGAGAACCCGGCUGCGCCCCCGAAGAACCCGGCACAAGCGCCGCCGCACCUCUUCUACCCAGUUGGUAGCGCGCACCUGAGCCAAAGCGAUUUCAGCAUCCUCUUCCCUUGGCUCACAAAGAAGAUGUUCAAAGCCGAAGACCCAGAACGUAUGCUGAAGCUCAACGUGCGCGCCAUACUGCAAGUGCUACGCCAAAGCGGAUUUGACGUAGCGCCGACGAGCGUGAUUGAUCGCGAAGAAGAAGAGCACAAUAACGACGCACAAGUCGUAGUCAACGAUGAUCAAAGGGGCGAUUGGAAGAUCUUGGACACGAAGGGGGGCGUAAAGGGCUGGGUGGCGCUGAGGACAACAGACGACAGCGAGGAGGUGCUCAAGGAAGUCAGCUCCGACUCAGACGGCGUCGGUAAAGGGGCGUUGCUGAGCGAAGUCAUAAAGGACCAUGGCGGCUCACAACAGCAAGCACACCAGCCUCAGGAGGUGGAAGCGAGAGGGUGA